CCGUUAUUUGAUUCCAUGAGCGAUAUUAGGAUUUUUCCGGAGCGCUCUAUGUUGUGAAUAACUUUUCCUUUAGUAGCGGAUUAGCAAACGCGUUUUUCAAUGUGUUCCUACUUUUAUAUGAAAAUGUGACAUUUGUUAAUGGUCUUAACAUUUAUUGACGGUGUUUUUGAAUGUUGUACAAAUGCUACUUUUAAAUUCUCGAAGUAAUGCAAAGUUUGAAUACAUAUAGAAAACUGGACUUAAUUUAAGCAAUAAACGGGGGAAAUAUCGCUAGUGGCCUUUCUGUCGAACUUCGUUCUACGUAGGCAGGAUAAGGAUAACACUUCGGAUGCCAUUUACAUGGAGAAAUUGAACAAAGUGUUCUGAUUGUGGUCAGUUUUGGAAGUCGGAAGGUCUUUUACAGUACGGAAAGAUUCCAAUGACUUUACAACCGUAACUUCGAACUCGAGUGAUCACGGUGAAGUGUUGCUCAAGCGAGACAUGGAUAUAAUGUUUUAUUGCGUGCUGGUGGCUGUUAUUCUGCAUGAAGUCUACAACGAAUCGUUUCCUCGCCGCCAGAAGCUCCAGCCCACGUUCCUGGCGACGCCGAAAAACGUCACGGUUCACAGGGGAGAAUUAGCUGUGCUGAAAUGUCAUAUCAAAGACCUAGGACCAAAAGUAGUUGUGUGGCGGAAAUUGUUGAACGACGUGCCCCUGACGAUAGGUGGCACGACCUUCGAGCAGGAAGAGAACCGCAUUAGUGUCAAAGCGGAACUCAUCUCGGAGGAGGAGGACAUCUCUCACUGGGAUCUGUACAUCAAGGACGCCCAGCCGGAGCACGGGGGCACGUACAUGUGUCAGGUCACCGCCUCCAAGCUCUACACACAUUACGUAACACUGCAAGUACUAGAUGUUCCACAGAUAGUGUCAGAAGACUUGCAGCUGUCUGGGACCAAGUACGUAAAUCAAGGUGAGACUAUACGACUAGUGUGCAACUUCACCACCCCUUCGGACGACCCCCUAGGGGUCGACUGGUUCUUCGAGGGGAACAUCGUGAAAACCACUGACCUGCGCUGGAGGGAUAGGGCCACCAUCACGAGGCGAACGAACGGACAGACAUAUAUUAGUGAACUCAUAAUAGACCGCAGUUCACUAUCAGAAAUGGGUGUUUACUUGUGUAGAGUGCAGGCGCCUAGUCUGAUGAUCAGGAGUGAACGGGUAGACGUGUUAAGUGCAGGAAAACCCGUUCAUCGAAGAGGAUCAGUCCUCACGGAGACGGAUGCCAGCUAUUCGCAGGCUCGGGAUUCAUCAAACGGGGCCGCCCUUCCCCCGGGUUCCAGUGGUCUGGUGCUGGUAGUCAUGGCCACGCUCACCGUAGCCCUCGUGCGUGCAAUCUCGUUGAACAUGGGAAUAAAGACGAUAUUAUCGCACUGUUUUCGUAUUAUGAGAUGAACGUUUAUCACGAAGAUGGACAAAUAAUCUUUCAAGAAAAAUAAAAGAGAUAUGUGCCUUACAUUCCACGCCAUAGGACUGCUGGCUGCAGACUGCUAACGACAAUAACUGCACCCCAGUACAGACAAGUGCGUUAGCCAUCUGCGCGGUCAUUAUGACGGUGAUACAAGCAAAAUAUAUCUUCAAUUCAUAGUAAAGACUCCUUCUACUGUACGUACAACCAUGCUUACCAUAUGCAUGUACAUAAGACUUUCAUAUAGCGGGUAAUAACUAAUGUUUCAAUUAGGAUUUUAAAUUUGAUCUCAAUAUCUAUUCGCUCAAAUGAAGUAGCAUGUUUAAUAGCAAACGACAACACUAUUCGUUAGUGAUAUUGGCAUCGUGCAAAUUCAAUGGUUUUACCGAUCAGAAAAGGAGCCACUGUAUGUACGCAUAGAUUUAAACGUUCAUUCUAAUCAGAUAUUGCAAUAUGGUUUUUAUUUCACAAUUUAUCAUUAUAUGUUGUAUCUGGUACAUGUUUUGGGUUUUGUUGAGAGAUGCAUUCUUGCCAAUUGCUAUCACGACUCUCAUUCUGUUUAUAGUAAAGGUAAAGUUUAUUAAGAAAAUGUAAACAUACCUGCAUUUUUAAAGGACAGGUUUACCUGUUUUUGCUGAAUGGCAGAUAUCUAUGAACAACGACAGGAUUUAACACACAGCACUUCUCUCUCCGAAAUCAUCUUCCAAACGCUUCUGCGUGCCUGCACAUUAUGUAAACAAAUUUGUCUCUUGAAAAUAAGCACAUUCCAAACAGAAGUUCAAUUAAGUGUAAAUAAGAUCACACAGCCCCUAGGACUUGAACAUUGUGUGGAGAUACAUGUUUAAGUCUUAUCGGAAAUGUUAUGGACUGGUUUAAAAUACCUCUUAUAAUAUAUAAAUCACGACCGACUAAACUCAUCUUUUGUAUUGAUUUAUAUUUCCAUCUUUCGUACAUACUUUUAUACCUUAAUGGUCAUUUUGCAUUCUUUUCUUUCAUCUGUCUGUGAUACUUUUGAUAUGUGUUUCAUAUGAUGCAUAGACUGUAAUAAUACCGUUUAGGUGUUGUGGUAAGACUAUUUUAGAAAUUGUAAAACGACACUGAGUAGUAAACAGAAGGGUAUUGUCGAACUAUGUUAAGCCAUUGAAAACAGAUGAAAUGUAAAUUAUCUUUUCAAUGAUUAGCUGUGCUUGUGUCACUUAAAAUUAAAUACCAUGUAUAGCUCCAUGUUAUUAAAGUCAAACACCAACAAAAACUAAUUAACGGACUUUUUUAGAUCUUAAGUAUUGAUUUUUAGAAAUCACUGAUGUACUAAGAAUGAGGAGAGUUUUUGUUUUGUAUAUUUUACAAAAUACAUAUAGUUCUUUCAGUAAAAGUUGUUUUAUUUGUUAACACCAUGUUCUAAACUGUUUUAUAUAAAACAUCAGAUUCUUACCAACUCGUGCAUUUGCAAAUAAAUCAAGAUAAUUCGUCAA